AUGGAGGUCACUGAGGUGGAAGUGCAUCGACGUCCUCGCGACGUCGAGGACGACGACGACGUCACCGGUGUGGAUGAUUCAUCACCGACUGGAAUUGGUAGUGGACAAGUUAGCCAUAGAGAUCCUAGUGUGAAUCCUCUCGCUCCAAAAACGCCUUCACCCAGUGCCCAACGGGACGACAGUAAUGGCAUAGGUAGCCACGAGAAUCCAUUGCCUGUAACUGAUGAGGAGCUUCCGAGACACCCACAGAGGAACCCAGCCUCUACAAGUAAUCAAUGUGAGAUUGAGAUCGAACCUGGUACGUUUACAUUCACUCAGUCCUUUGGAAUUUUAUUGGAUCAUCGAAGGUAA